CGCGGGGGGCCGCCCUUAAGCGCUUUGGUCGGUCCAGGCUCCCGCGACACUGAGCCACGCAUGGAGCCGGAGCCGGAGCCGGGUAUAACCUUUGAGGAUGUGACCAUUUAUUUCUCCCAAGAGUGGGGGCUCCUCGAUGAGGUUCAGACUCUCCUGUACUGCAGUGUGAUGUUGGAGACCUGUGUGCUCCUGGCAUGCCUAGGUUACAGCCCAGGGUGUGAGGAAGUGCUAACUCCUGAGCACAAUGUCACCACAGGAGGGCUGUCAUGGGGCAGUGCCCCCACAGCAAGUACAUCCCAGGAGACUGAACUCUGUGAGAUAGGUGACCCAGUCUUGGGAAAUGUUUUGCAUCAGGCCAGGGUCCAAACCACAUGCUCUGUGCAGAACUUGUUUGUGGGCAAUGCACGUGUGAGAGGCUUCUGUUUCAAUGCAGACUUUCAGCAGAACCAAAACCAAAAGCCCUGGGCAAAGUGCAUGGACAGGACCUUGUAUUUGACAAGCUGCAGAAGCCUCAUGCAGAAAGAGCUGGUCCCCUCUGGGGGGGGCUGGGAAGGUCUCCUUGGCCUCCACGGGCGUCCUCCAGCAGCAGCCAGGAAGCAGCAGCAGCAGGUGCGGGGCAGUGCUUUGGAGCGAGGAAAGGUAUUCUGAGCAGGGUGCAUGCAGAAAAGCAGCCCGUUACCCGCAGACACUUGUUCACUGUGUGCAGCUCUGCCCUGGAGAAGGGCUGUGGAGGGGAACCAGCCUGAGGAAGCUGCCGCCUGCACAUGCACAUGUGGCCAGCACCAGGACAUUAUUCUUGCUGGACAAAGGACCCCUGAGUGUCUUGACUGUGGGAAGUCUUUUGGCAGAAACCGCCACCAUACUGUGCACAAGAGAAUUUGUACUGGGGCAGCACACUGUGAGUGUAGCAAAUGUGAGGAAAACUUUGUCCAUAUGUCUGAACUUGUUGACCGCAGAAGCCGUCACCAGGGAGCAGGGCUUCACAAGUGUGAGGAGUGUGGGAGAAGGUUCACAUACAAGUCCAACCUCACUGAGCACUGGAGAGUGCACACAGGAGAGAGGCCCUACGAGUGGGGGCAGUGUGGGAGAGCCUUCAGACAACACUCCAGCCUCUUCUGACACCAGAGAGUACACACUGGUGAGAGGCCUUUUGAGUGCAGGGAGUGUGGGAAAGCCUUCAGACAGAUCUUCAAUCUCAUUUGAUACAGAAUUCACACUGGAGAGCUGCCAUACCCAUGUGGGGAGUGUGGGAAGACUUUUAGCUGCAAAUUGGAACUGGUUCAACACCAGAUAAUUCAGUGGAGAAAGGCCUUA